CUCCUCCUUCUCCUCCUCCUCCUCCACCUUCACCACCUCCUCCUUCUCCUCCUCCUCCUUGCCCUUCUCCUCCUCCUGAUCCCACCGGCGGUCUUACUGAUAUCAUUACAAGAUCUCAGUUCGAUGAAAUGCUUAAACAUAGGAACGAUGAAGCUUGUCCCGCUAGAUGUUUUUACACUUACGAAGCCUUUAUUACCGCCGCUAAAUCUUUCCACGGCUUCGCAACCGUCGGAACCACUACUACAAGGUUGAGAGAGCUCGCCGCCUUCUUUGGUCAGAGUUCCUACGAAUCCACCGGUGGGACACCCACGUCAGCAGACGGACCAUACACAUGGGGUUACUGUCACAAGGAAGAGGUGAAUCCUCCAUCAGACUACUGUUUACCGCAAAAGGGGUGGCCAUGCGCACCUGGCAAACGCUACUACGGGAGAGGACCUAUGAUGCUGAAGGGGAACUACAACUAUGGAGUGUAUGGACUAGCCAUUGGAGCCGACUUACUCAACAACCCUGACCUCGUCUCUAGCGACCCAGUGAUCGCUUUUAAAGUGGCGAUUUUUUUCUGGAUGUCACCUUCGAGGCCUGCAAAACCGGCGAGCCACGACGUGAGUGUCGGUUUGUGGGAGCCUUCAAACGCUGACCGUCUGGCCGGGAGAGUACCGGGUUACGGUUUGAUUACGAAUAUCAUUAACGGGGGAGAAGAGUGUGGACAUGGCCCAGACACAAGAGUCGCGGAUAGGAUUGGGUUUUAUGAGAGGUACUGUCGUCAAAUCUUAAAAGUGGGUCCUGGAAUUAAACUUGAUUGUUACACACAAAGGCCCUUUGACUCUACUGCUAAAUCCCUGAAAGCUGCUAUUUAGUAAAGAGUGAGAUGCAGCAGCUUUGUAUCCGAAAAUUAUAAAGGUUUGAUUAUCAACUAAAUAAGAACUCUUUUUUCUUUUUCUUUUUAAUCACACACAAUAUGGAGUUAUAUAUAGUUGCGGUUUCUGUUAUAUGGAGGUUGGAAUGGCCUUAUAACCCAUAGCCAAUAGCUAUGUACAUUUUUAC